UAUUACUGAUCACUUUUAGCCUUGGCUCCUCCCAAUGAUUUAUCAAAAUGAUUAAACCACCAGAAAUGACACCUGUCGGCAUACGAAGCGCUAGACCAGAUUUAACAGUCCCCCUUUGGGCAAGAAACCGACAGUCACUCAUAUUGAAAAGCUUCAAUGUCUGUCCCUGUGAUCUACUUUUAUGAUAUAUUCUACAGUUGUGCAUGCAAGUAGCAUGAUUUAAUGCAGUACCCAGAUUCUGUAAGUUAUAGUCUGAGCCCAUUUUGGUUUCAAAAGAGCUACUUUUUUGUGGGAUAGAUUGAUUUAGAGGAGAAAAAAUGAAUUUGAAUGGGAAGCUAUGUUUGUCUCUUAACAAAUACAACCAGCUGCUUUUAAAAUUAGCGGUUGCCAUUCUCUUGAUGGGUCUAGCAUUUAGGUUUUUAUUUUUUAGCUCCCACGAGUUUUUUUCGCCUGAUCUGGAGACCGCGCCCGCUGUUGCAAAAAGUGAUGUGACUGAAGCAACACCAACUGAUAAUUUUACCAUUGAUGUUUCAGCAUAUGAAGAUCAGAAUCUGGAGCCUGGAAAAGAGCCCUAUGAUGAGAAUGAGAUGCCUCAAGAAGAUCAGGAAGAAGAAAAGUGUGAUAUUUUUACUGGGGAUUGGAUCCCGGACCAAUCAGGACCUGUUUAUACCAAUGAAACCUGUGCCUUCAUUGAGGGUCACCAGAAUUGUAUGAGAAAUGGGAGGCCUGAUUCAGGGUAUUUAUACUGGCGUUGGAAGCCACAAAAUUGCCAGUUGCCUCCAUUUAAUGCAGAAAAAUUUCUCAACUUGAUGAGGAAUAAAACAUGGGCUUUGAUUGGUGAUUCAAUAUCUCGUAAUCAUGUGCAGUCAUUGCUGUGUAUGCUCUCAAUGGUUGAAAAAGCUGUUGAAGUUUAUCAGGAUGAAGAAAACAAAUCUAAAACAUGGCAGUUCCGCUCUUAUAACUUCACCUUGUCAGUUGUCUGGUCCCCCUUCCUUGUUAAAGCUGCAAUUUUUGAAGACAUUAAUGGUGUUUCAACAUCUGAGGUCGAGCUUCAUCUAGACAAGCUUGACAAAAAAUGGACUGAGCAGUAUUUUAACAUUGACUACAUGAUAAUUUCAACUGGGAAAUGGUUUCUCAAGUCUGCAAUCUACUAUGAGAAUGACACGGUAGUGGGCUGCCAUUACUGCCCGAAACGGAACCUGACAGAGCUGGGAUUCGAUUACGCCUAUAACAAAACCCUCCAUCAGGUUAUGGAUUUCAUAGCAACUUCCACGCACAAAGGGUUGAUUUUUUUCAGGACAAGCACACCAGAUCACUUUGAAAAUGGAGAAUGGCAUAAUGGGGGUACUUGUAAGAAAACAACACCGGCUAAACAAGGCAAGAUUGAAAUAAAGGACUUGCACAGGAUUCUACGGAACCUGGAAUUAGCAGCAUUCCAGGAUACAGCUGCAAAAGCAGUUGAAAAUGGGGUAAAUUUCAAACUUCUUGACUUUACUAAUCUUUUGUUACUGAGGCCUGAUGGGCAUCCAGGUCCAUACCGAAAUUUUCAUCCAUUUGCGAAGGACAAAAACGCUGCUGUUCAGAAUGAUUGCUUGCAUUGGUGCUUGCCUGGACCAUUAGAUGCUUGGAAUGAUGUAAUUAUGGAGAUGAUGCUUAAUACAUAAGAGCGUUAAUGAUGUUGGUGAUGAAGAACAGAUGGAGAAUGAGUUCCUUCUCUUAUUAUUACUUCAGCAUUUUUUUGAUUUGUUAAUGUAUUCUCCAUCUGUUCUUCUGUACUGAAAUUAGUUAAAAUUCUGGUGGAAUCAAGAAAAGAGAUCAGUUUAUGAGUAGAUAGAGCUGAUUUUGAUUUGUUAAUGUAUUCUCCAAAGUAUUUCUGGGAAACUUAAUGCCUGUUGAAUUGAACAAUAUAUUAUUUGCUUAUCAGCUUCA